AAGUCUGGUCCCUGUGCUCUUGACGUCACAUCCCUUUCCCCGAAUCUUUUCAGGCGGUGCUCCGGCGGGCUUUCUGUCGUCCUCUUAGCAUUUCGACAUGUCCGACAUACCGUGAUUUUCUAGUAUGCAUUCCGAAUCCCGGCCGUGCGCCAUCGGCGAUCUUCCUCCAAUCUCCACCCAUGGUUUGAGCGCUACAACCUCGGUCCAGGCUCAAAACGAGGCACUAUCACUAUGUCUGCUAUCUACACUUGCCGCGAGAGGAAGUGUGUUCCUCGCCUUCGCGUCUGCCGAGUCCAUGUAAGUUCGAAGUGCAAUCUGUGGGCUGUGCGAGCAUGUCACGAAACAUCCGCGGCUGGCUGAACUCUGGCGCUCGAAAUGCAAUAGUCACAUGUGCCUUCUGCCAUAUGCCAUAUGGGCUUUCGCUUGUUUAGCUGGCAUGAUUCCUGUGCAUCCUGAUGUCAAGUAUUUAGAGGGCAUUCCAAUCCUUCCUUCGACGACCCAGUUCUGGCCACAUCCCCUGCCUCCACUCUAUUACAUCUCUAAUGUCUGACAUGACUCGCGCGGUACUCGUCACCGGUGCAAAUCAGGGGCUAGGCUACCACACGGUGCACCAGCUCGCUCAGACUCCUGGCAUGAUCGUUUUCUUGGGAUCGCGUAGAAUGCCGGCGGGGGAAGAGGCUGCGGCAAAAAUGGCGCCGGAUGUGCAUCCGACGUCGUCGGUCAUCCCCGUGCAUGUCGACCUCGCGGACGAGAAGACCAUCUCGGCGGCCAGCGAGUUCGUAGCGGCGAAGCUAGGAGAGAAGGGGAUCUCGAAAUUGGAUUGUCUGGUGAACAACGCGGCGACGGCGGUCGGACCUGCUACAGAGAUAUUUGCCGUCAAUGUUGCAGGCACCCUCGCAGUCAAGACCGCAUUCUACCCGCUGAUCAAGCCCGGCGGGGAAAUUAUGAACAUCUCCUCUUCCUUCGGCUCACACGGUCUGCGGGCCGCAAGGCCGUACACGCUCCCGCCUGCGGUCGCGACAGGCCCACCGUACUCGGCAAGCAAGGCAGCUAUCAACAAUCUUACGCUGCAGUGGGCGUGGGAGGAGGAACAAAAAAAGACCGGCAUCCGUGUGGUUUCGAUCUGCCCGGGCCUGAACGCGACUACCAUGAGCCGUUUCUCCAAGGCUGGGGUCUCCCCCGCAGUCGGAUGUGCAGUCAUGGUCAAUGAGGUGUUGCAGCCGCAGGGCAAGAGCGGCAUCUUCUUCGAUAAGGACGGUCCCAUUCCGUGGUAGUGAUUGCAUUUUACCGGAUGCAGGGACAAGAGGGUGUGAAUACUAUUGAUCGCAAUGAGGCGGCUGUAGUGCAUCGACCGGGUUAAGUCACUCUAGUGCACUCAUUUGUGCGAUUUUCUUCCCGGAAUUUCUUGUAAUACAUUUCCAUGUAUCUAAAGUUGAGUCUUGCAAAUUACUACGGGGUUCUAACAGGUACGGCUCGAGAAUUAGCAGUGCCGAACCAUC